GAGUUGUUUUUGCUAAGAGGUCCUCAUGGCAGAGAGUUCCCGCUUGUCCAACCCCCCCUCAAAUUUGCGGGAAAUGAAGAGUCAAGGUCCAGGGCCAGCGAAAGAGGGAGGGACAUUCCCAGAGUCCUCAUGACCACCCCCCUCCAUCUUUAGGCUCUGAAUGCAGAGUCAAACUGGCAGCCAUGAAGACGUUUCGGCUGGUCCUGGUCUCUCUCUUCGCCUUUGCAGCUGUUGGCACAGGGCAGGAGACUUCCAAGAGAAAUGUCCAAUCGGUGGAGGAGUCCAUCUUGCCAGGCCGGGAGCCAAGCCUCCAGGUGCAGAGAGAAACAGGUUCACCCCUAAGGCGGAGGUUCUGUCCUGGUUGUUUCACACCUCUUGAACUGAGCCCUGGGCAGGAAGAUGCAGGUCGCAUUGAGAUUAAGGUGCCCACCUUGCCAGCCCUUGAGCGAAGCCAGCAGGAGGCUCCCAAGAGAAAUGUCCAAUCGGUGGAGGAGUCCAUCUUGCCAGCCCGGGAGCCAAGCCUCCAGGUGCAGGGAGAAACAGGUUCACCCCCAAGGCGGAGGCUCUGUCCUGGUUGUUUCACAGCUCUUGAACUGAGCCCUGGGCAGGAAGAUGCAGGUCGCAUUGAGAUUAAGGUGCCCACCUUGCCAGCCCUUGAGCGAAGCCAGCAGGAGGCUCCCAAGAGAAAUGUCCAAUCGGUGGAGGAGUCCAUCUUGCCAGCCCGGGAGCCAAGCCUCCAGGUGCAGGGAGAAACAGGUUCACCCCCAAGGCGGAGGCUCUGUCCUGGUUGUUUCACAGCUCUUGAACUGGAGGAUUCCAAGAGAAACGUCCGAUCGGUGGAGGAGUCCAUAAUGCCAGGCCAGGAGCCAAGCCUCCACGUGCAGGGAGAAACAGGUUCAUCCGCAAUGGUUCUUCCGUGGUGGCGCUGUUUCAGACCUGGUUGUUUCUCAGUUUUUAAUCAGGGCCCUGUGGAGGAAGACCGAGAUCACAUUGGGAUUGGGUUGCCCACCUGGCCACCCCUGGAGCAAAGCCAGCAGGAGGCUUCCAAGAGAAACGUCCGAUCGGUGGAGGAGUCCAUCAUGCCAGGCGGGGAGCCAAGCCUCCACGUGCAGGUGCAGGGAGAAACAGAUUCACCAGCAAGGCGGACGUAUUGUUCCAGAUCUGGUUGUUACUCAGCUCUUAAUCCGGUCCCUGUGCAGGAAGACCCAGGUCACUUUGUGGUUGAGCUGUCCACCUUGCCACCCCUGGAGCGAAGGUUGCAGGUAUGUCUGGGCCUGGGGUGGGGGGUGGGAGAAGGAACCCCUGUCUUGUGGGGAGUCCAGCCUAAGAGAUGUUUGGCCAGCUUGGCAAGGCUCUCAUUCACGGGUGGAAGAGGAGUCCUUUUGGGAAUGAAGGCAAGGAAGGGGAUUAUUCCAGGUUGAGGGGAUGUCAAAUCU